AUCAAUGAAGUUAUUCGUUAUUCAAGUGUCUAAAAGACAUUGAUGCUGCACAUGUCACCGGUCUAAAACUGAAGAUGGCAGAAGCAAUGAGAGCAAAUGUUGCUGCCUUACUGAAAGGAAUAGACAGGUACAAUCCGGAAAACUUGGGAACCUUGGAAAAGUAUAUUUCAAUGCAAGCACAAGAAGGAACCUAUGACUUAGAGGCUAAUUUGGCUGUCCUUAAACUAUAUCAGUUUAAUCCCAUGCAUUACCAGACUACUGUGGCAUGUCAGAUUUUACUGAAAGCUCUCACGAACAUGCCUCAUACAGACUUUACUUUGUGUAAAUGCUUGAUUGAUGCUGUCAGGCAUGAUGAAGAGCCGACAGCACAAGUCAUGAACCUUGCACACUUGUUGGAGACGUGUCAGUUUAGGGAAUUCUGGGGGGCUUUGAGAGCAAAUCCUGACUUAACCUCCAAUAUCAAAGGAUUUGAUGAUUCUGUGAGAAAAUUUGUAUGUCAUGUAAUAGCAGCAACCUACCAGACAAUACCAUCAGAUCUGUUGAAAGAAUUACUGGGAGAUAUUCCAGAGGACCAGGUCCAGCAGUGGAUUAACAAAUAUGGCUGGAAGCUUCAGGAAGACGGGAAUGUAUUUAUCAUGAACCAGGAGGAGAACAUCAAAACAAAGAAUAUCACCGAGAAAAUCACGUUUGACAGUGUUGCAGGCAUCAUGGCAAAUUGUCGGUGAUGUAAAACAGAGAACAUUGUCAUGAACACUAUUAUACAUAAAAACAGAUUGUGCAUCUCA